GUGCAAGUUCAGCGUUGCAACGCCCUGCAUGUUUAAUGCAGUUUUUACUGUGAUUGAAGUGGCAGCAGUCCCCAUUAAACCACGUUAGCGUGAAUAAAUAUUGUAAUGUUUUACACAGUAUAUUUGGUGAUAGGUUACUAUUUUAUACAACAAGUUCAAGGUAUUUUUGAUUAUGGACCUCCCAUGCUCCCAAAUGAGCGGACAUCGUUGGAUGACUGCCAUUUACGUUACCGCCUUCCACCGCAUUACAAGUUUCGUUUAGUGGGUCCAGCUUUGGGACAUCCAUCUCGCUUGAAGGAAACAGCUCACCUGGGCAUCAUAGGAUGGACCCUACCAGAUCAGACAGUCGAGUGGCGAUGUGAGGGAACGUUGAUUUGGUUUGACGUCGUACUGACGGCUGCUCGGUGUACGAUGGAUUUCAAUGGUCAGCAACCGAAUGUGGUAGGGUUCGGAGGUUUGAAUGUUGAUGAUUAUGAUGAUCCUGAGGACAUUAAACAGUUUGCAAUAGUCAAUGUCACCAGAUUUCCAAAAUAUAAUAUAAAGUCUUCGAACCAUGAUAUUGCGCUUCUGAGGUUGGAUAGAAACGUAACUAUCAAUAGUACGGCGAUACCCACAUGCCUUUGGACAGAGAAAGAGUUUCGGUUUAAAACACUAGAAACUGCUUUUUGGGCACAGGAACAAAGACCGCUGAGAGUAUCAUUCAGAACAACCAAACUCUCGAAAUGUUGUACGAAUCAAACAGAUAGCAUGAGUGAACAUGUCUGCGUGUUAGUCGAGAACGAUGAGAAAUGUGAAAUUCAUGCAGGAGCUCCACUCCAAACCCGGCUAAUGCACAAUGGACGGAUAACGCCAUUUCUGGUUGGAAUAUCAUCCGAUGGGUUGGAUUGUGGUGCUAGUGCUACCGUAGCAUAUACUAAGGUGUCCAACUAUUACGCUUGGAUAGUGACUGCUAUGCAAUCGUAUGGAAUCCCAGUAAAUGAGGCCACGUACAACUCUACCUCGUGUGCGUUACGUUUUGUGAUGUUCCGCGAUUAUGAAGAUCCCAUCAUUAUGCACAAAAGUAAUAGUUCAGUUAGUAUUAACCUUGGGCAUCGCAGCAAGUCACUGGAAGAUCAACUUCCCUCGUACGUAGUGCAGUUAGCGUGGCAUACGAAGGAAGCUCGCAAUUGUCACGGGAUAAUUAUCGACGAGUCGACGGUAGUGACCUUGGCUGAUUGUGUCCAUCACGAUGGAUUCCCGGUAACUCACGUAGUGCUGUCGAAAAACGUACGGAUUAAUGUAUCAUCCGUCCACAUCCACCCCGACUUCGAAAAUGGCUCCGCAUACAACAACAUCGCUGUCCUGGAUUUGGAAAAAUUUAUCGACAUUAGCCAAUUUCAACCAGUUUGUAUAUGGCACGACAAUACAAUUCCUUACGAAAAAGCGAACAUUUUUGGAUUCGGUAGAGCAGAUAUCAAUGCAUUUUGGCCAGAUGAAUCAGAUGAGACGCCUGGCUAUCUUAAAGUGCAGUUAAAAGUUCAGAACGCAUCCACAUGUCUAGUUCCUGACAGUUUCUCUGCCAGCCUGAAAAAUGGCUUAGGCACUGAGCACAUAUGUCUCGGAAAAGAUUUCUUCCUGGUUCCUGACUCAUGUCAGCUAGUACACGGAGGGGCUAUUGACGAAUCAAUGUUUCGUAGCGGCAAUGUUUACCCUACGACUUACGGGUUGGUACAGUACGGUCCAGAUUGUGGCUUCGGAGAACAUGCUAUAGCCACUAGUUUGGCAAGUUACGUCGCAUGGAUGGAGUCCUUGUUGCUUCCUAAGCGCUCUGAAGGUAACGCAGCGUUACAGUUUAUCGAUACCAGUCUUAUUGAAGGGGAUCCUUGUACCCUAAGUGGUGAACUGUUAGGCAUAUGUGUGCAUGUAUCAAAAUGUUCGAGAAUGUGGUUCCAACUGCUUCCAACAGACAGUUUCCUGCUAUGUUCGUCAAGUUCGGUAGUUUGUUGUCCAUUCGAUCACGUUAGAAAAAAUGAAAGCAUCCACCCAGACAUUGCAAACUGCCCGGAAACUGUUCAAAGUUUGAUGCCAAAUUCUCGCAAUGGAUCAAUGGUUCGCUUGGGCUGGUUGGUUGAAGACAGUUUGGAAUUUCGAUGCAUUGGUACUAUCAUCACAAAUAGCGUUAUUUUAACCACGGCCAGCUGUCUUGGAAGUGUCACCCCGGAUUGGGUUGAACUGGUUGCGAAUGUAUCGGAGGUUAGAUACGAAGUGAGUUGCAUGGUGAUACAUCCAGGUUAUAACUCCUCCGAGGAUAACAUCAACGACCUGGCUUUGGUUAAACUACAUAAUACACUGGAGUGGAGCUCUCAAGUGUUUCCCUCGUGCUUGUGGACCAAAGAAACACAUACCCCUGUAGAAUUGCGAAUGGUUUACUCAGAAGAAACCGGAAAAAUCCAGUCUUCCCUGGUGCUAGCAAUGUACAAUUCGGAUUGCCAGAGAACACACAUCAAUAAGGUGCUCGGGACGCAAAUAUGCGCUAGAGAUCGCGGCAGCAACUCGACCUGCGUUAGCACCCACAGUCAGUUGAUGUGGUAUAGAAACGAUGGAGUUCAGUUCGUCGUUGGUUCUGCGGUAGAUGCCCCGGACUGCAGGGAUUGGUAUUACAUGAUGUUUACCCGAAUAUCUUCGUUCACUAAUUGGAUAGCACAAAAUGUGUGAUUGUUAAGCUCAUAGAGAAGAAAUAAAAUGGUUCUAUAAAUAAUAACCGGUGCUAAUUUUAAGCAGUUCUCAUUUUUAUGUUGAAGUGUCAUCGUGCUCUUCCGAAAAUCAAUAUAUCUGAUAGUACCUUAGACCUU